UCCCUCCCUUUCCCUUCAUUCCUUGAGCCGCUCUUUCCCAUUCUCUUUGGUUCCAGGCAUCGAUAAUAUUAGUGCUUGUGGUGGGCAUUCAUGGCCAGCCAACCACCCCCUUCUAGGCCAUGGCUCCGCAUGACCUCCAUUGCUCGCCCUGUCGCUCCUCCUCCACCUCCUGCUCCUCAGCCGCCGCCUCAAGCUCCUCCUCCUCCUGCUCCCGCACCGCAGCCACGACCAACCAUUUCCCUUCCCACAUUCAGACCCAGCGCUCCACCUCCACGUCCACCUCCACCUCCACCUCAAGAACCUCCGCCACCGCCUCCCCCCAUCUCAGCCCCUCCACGUCCACGUCCACCUUCACUUCCCUCGGAGCCCCGCACGCCACCUCGGCAACCGGUGCAACCACCGCCGGAUGUGAAAACCAUUGUGGCACCAACCUCCCCUUUACCUGCUUCUCCGGCUAAGCUUCCGUCCGCUCCUCCUACGGUGACCUCACCUCCUGCAAAGGCCCAGGUUCCACCUCCGGCAGCCAGAUCGCCCGUUCCAUCACCCCCCAAACCUGCCACCAGCGAGCCUCCUAUCGCAAUGCCAUCGCCUCUGGUUCUGCCUCCACCCCAACUGAGAGCUGAUGAUCAGCCCAGGUUCCCCCCGGAGGCAGAGCAAAAGACUGUCCUAGUUCAAGAAACCGUGCCAGUCCCUCCCCCUAGCAGCAGACUCCCAUCCCUCAACGGUCGCUUUCCUUCUGAUGAGAUUCCGAAGGCUGGCAUUGCUCGUGAUACCAAAAAUGGAGAUGCAGAAAGGCACAGAGGUCCCCACCCCAAGAAGCACCUGGACUCCGGCGAGGUGCCUGGCAUGAAGGUCAUUACCAUUGCUGGCGAGAACAAAGGUGCGACGAUGGAGCUCACACGUUCCCCGAAACAUCCUCCUCCCCAUCAUCUCAAGGCAAGUCCUACAUCUAAGAGCAAUGGCCAAGAGUCCAGGAACUCAACAUUGCCCGGCAGCAGCAGCAGCAGCAGUAGUGACGAAGGAGACGGGAAGAUGAAGAAGAAAGACAAGAGUCACCAAUGGAAAUUCUUCACGUCUCCUCCGAUGAGCGCAUUCAUGAAUAGCAAUGUGCAAGGCGUCAACAACUCCAUCCUCUACAACAGCUCUUGCAAUCACCACGACCCUGGGGUCCACCUGGCUCUCUCCCGAAAGCCAUCCAACGGCGCGUUGCACAUCAAGGACCUUGUCAAGGGACACCAGCCUUGAUGAUUCGCACGACAAAUACCUUAACAUGAGAAUACCUCAUUUGCAUUGUUUAUGUUCCCUCUAUUUAAAAAGUCAGAAAUUAUGUUGCUGCUGCGAAUAACUGAGGAGGUUCGAUAAAAAAAGAAAAAGAAAAGAAGAAGAGUGGAGUGGAUUCUUGUUCUUUUUCUUAGUAGGACAUGCCAUGCCACUUCUAGUGGAUGUCAUGUUACUAGAGAUUGCCCAACCUCCUAUGUUUUAUUUGGAUUCACCUGUGUAUAGGUGGAUCAGUUAUCAUGUCAUGCUAUUGCAAUAAACUUCCGGAGUACUAUGUUGUAUGAUA